AUAGAAGAUGGAAAGAGGUUUUAAGAAAUAGCUUGAUACAGUGACGCGCAGGUUGGCCGCCACAGGCAAAUAUGCACAUACAGCAGCCAUACGCACACCUUUCUUCUAGCAGCAUCUCACCUCCAAAGCCCAUCAACUACUACUCAGCAACUACUCUCAACAUCUCCUCGCGAAUUUUGCCUCGCAUUCCCCCAAUUCCAGGCCAAUCGUCGCGAGCGCGAGAGAGAAUUAGUAGCCGAGCAGCCAAAAUAAUUUGGGGCUCAAACCGCGUCUGCUUCUCUCUUUUAGGGUUUUCAGGGGCUCCCGCAGCCGCGCCUUCGUUUUCUUGUUUUUGGCUUCUUCCCCAAAUCAGCUUCGAGUUCUUCGAGCCGAUGACUUUGACGAUGCCUUUAAAACCCAACCGUCCCUGCCGUAGUCGCGUCUUCUUUUUCUUCUUCUCACAUACAUGUCGCUGUCUGCUACGCUCACAUGUGGGUGCCCUUCAUCUCCACCCCGAAGCGCUCUCCCGCUGCCUCCCGCCUCGGCAAGCGCAAGAUCUCCUCCUCCUCUCUGCAAAGUCUAGACACCACCCCCUCCGGCACGCUUGACCUGCAGUCCGCAACCGUCUCAUCCCACGCCAGCCCGCCCAAAACACUCUCGUCCACGCUCCCCAACCCGCCCGAAGUCGCGCCGCUCAACUUCACGUCCUAUACAAACGCCGUGUUCUACCCCGACUGGGCAUGCAACCUCGCGUCCCCCCGCACCGCGAUCCCGUUCGAGAACGUGACGCAUGUAUACUACACCUUCAUCGGGCUCAACAAAGACGGCUCCGUGUUCCUCACCGAGCCUGCGGCAGAGAACGCAUCCUCGUCUUCGCGGUUGACGGCAAAGACGUGCAUCGCGCAGAUCGUAUCUGAACGCGAGGAGCGGAAUCAAGACGUCAAGCUGCUCAUGAGCGUCGGCGGUGGCGCCGGCAGCGGCAAUUUCUCGACCGUCGUUUCUAGCAGCAAGACGCGUGAGAAGUUUGCGUCUAGUCUUAAGACGCUCAUCGACGAUUACUCGUUCGACGGUGUCGAUGUCGACUGGGAAUCCCCCAUCUCCGCCACCGAAGGCUACUACUUCCUCCGCAUGAUCCGUCUUUUGCGCACAUACUUCACCCCCGACGACUACCUCCUAACCGCGACCUACAACGGCGCCAGCUGGGCGCUCUCCGAGAUCGACAUCACCAGCGCCGUCAGCGUCGUCGACCAAUUCAACCUCAUGACCUACGACUUUUACGGGCCCUGGAACGCCACCAGCGGCUACCACUCGCGUCUGUUCUCCCCCGUCGCAGACACCGACAGCGCGUCAAACUCAAUGUCGCUCUGCCUCGCUGAUCAGAACAUCGACUCCCGCAAACUCAUCAUGGGCGUCCCGCUCUACGCCCAGGGCUUCCCCAACGUCACCGGUCCGGACCAGACCUGGGCAAAGUCAAGAAUGCCAGACGACGGCAUCCAGGUAAACUACAACGAGCUCGGCCUCGACCCGUUCGACUCCGACAUCGUCUUCAACUCCACCCAGGUCGCGGCGGGCUACUACAACAAAACCGCAAACAUAUGGUACAGUUUCGAUAACUACGAAUCCGUCCGGCAAAAAGCAUCGCAUGUAAAGUCAAACUCUUUGGGAGGUAUCUUUUAUUGGCAGUCCGCGGGAGAUAUGGCGGCCUCCACCGGCGGCUCGCUCGUCAGUCUCUCGGCGCUGUAUCUCGGGGCGACCACAUGAAAAGUUAGGUAGAUAGAAUGUACUGCACAUCCGCAUUUUAAAACAU